AUGUCUGGACACAGCAAGAAGAAGGCGAAGUCCUGGCCUUUGAGAUCCCAGUCAAAGAGGGCCGGCUUGCAGUUCCCUGUGAGCCGUGUCUACCGGUACCUGAAGAAGGGGCACUUUGCAAUGAGAAUAAGCCCCAGUGCUGCCGUCUAUUUGGCCUCCGUGCUAGAGUACCUGACUGCCGAAGUGCUGGAGGCAGCCGGGUACGUGACUCAGGCAAAGAGAUCCCACCGCAUCGUGCCAAGGCACAUCCUGCUGGGCAUUAAGAGUGAUGAUGAACUGAACAAGCUGGUCAACCAUGUGACUAUUCCGCAAGGAGGUGUCCUGCCCCGGAUUGAGAAGCUGCUUCUGACCCAAAAAACCAACAAGAAGCCUGAGGAGAUCUGA